AUGCAGCCCUUGCCUAUGGCUUUUGGUCUGUUCAGCAGAGAACGGUCUGUUCAGCAGAGAACGUCAAGAGAUAUUGCCGCUUUUACGUUUUUGAUAAGUCGCAAUGUUUUGCUUUCAUGUUACGGUGGCACUGGCGCCCUCCAAUUGAAACCCCGGCUUUCAAGCAAGUUCAGACGUCUUGUAUAA